ACCUUAUGCUCCGCUAAGGAUGAACGGCCAUGUACUGUUCACGGCGAAGACGGGGAAUAUUUCGACUUGAACCCCCUCAAGGCCAGCACAGAUUAUACCUUCCAAUCCCCAGGUGGACGCGAGUUCAUCAUCAAUGUUUGCAGGAGCGUCGUAUCAGAAACAUGGUCUCCGAAAGUUGACGACCCGGACAAUAUCGCGGCUUUCACCCGUGACUUUGGCGGGAUCCGCGGCGACUUUUCCUUGGGG